UGAACUGCACACACGUGAAUCAGUCAUUUAUUGAGAACCUUAGCACGCUAUAAAGUUAAAUUUGUAAAUUUUACAAAGUUUCAGUUUCAUAUUGUUUUACCAACUAAAAAUUGUAAAAAAAAUGUUAUCAGCAUCACGAUUCGCUUCGCGUUUUGUCGAAAAUCAAAGCAUCAAAAAGAAUUUUUCUUCAAUUUUAUCGAAGUAUGGACAAUACAGUGGAGGAAGUGUUUCCCAGUUCCGAUGGAAAUCAGACACAGUAAAAGGUCCUGUAAUUGGUAUCGAUUUGGGAACAACAAAUUCAUGUGUUGCUGUUAUGGAAGGAAAACAAGCAAAAGUAGUUGAGAAUGCGGAAGGUGCUCGUACAACUCCAUCACAUGUAGCAUUUACGAAGGACGGUGAACGUUUGGUGGGUAUGCCUGCAAAACGGCAGGCCGUAACUAAUUCUGCAAAUACAUUUUACGCUACAAAACGUUUGAUUGGUCGUCGUUUCGAAGAUCCAGAAAUCAAAAAAGAUAUGAAAACUCUUUCAUAUAAAAUAUCACGAGCUUCUAAUGGUGAUGCUUGGGUUCAAGGUUCUGAUGGUAAAGUAUAUUCCCCCAGUCAAAUCGGUGCUUUUAUUUUAAUGAAAAUGAAAGAAACAGCUGAAGCAUAUUUGAAUACGCCGGUCAAAAAUGCCGUCAUUACUGUACCGGCCUAUUUUAAUGAUUUACAACGUCAAGCUACUAAAGAUGCAGGACAAAUUGCUGGAUUGGAUGUGCUUCGUGUUAUAAAUGAGCCAACAGCCGCAGCUCUCGCCUAUGGCAUGGAUAAAGCUGAAGAUAAAAUUAUUGCCGUAUAUGAUUUAGGUGGUGGGACAUUCGAUGUAUCAAUACUGGAAAUCCAGAAGGGUGUUUUCGAAGUCAAAUCAACCAACGGCGAUACAUUGCUUGGUGGUGAAGAUUUUGACAACACCAUUGUCAAUUUCCUAGUGAGUGAAUUCAAAAAAGAACAAGGAAUAGAUAUCACUAAAGAUCCAAUGGCAAUGCAACGUUUGAAAGAAGCCGCUGAAAAAGCCAAAAUUGAACUAUCGUCCUCAAUGCAAACUGACAUUAACUUACCAUAUUUGACCAUGGAUGCAUCGGGACCUAAACAUAUGAAUCUGAAGUUCACUCGCGCCAAAUUGGAGUCUUUGGUAGGUGAUUUGAUUAAACGAACGAUAUCUCCAUGUCAAAAGGCUAUAAAUGAUGCUGAGGUGAAAAAAUCUGACAUUGGUGAAGUACUGCUUGUAGGUGGAAUGACACGCAUGCCAAAGGUUCAAUCAACAGUUCUAGAUAUCUUUGGAAAACAACCUUCACGGUCAGUAAAUCCAGACGAAGCUGUUGCGGUUGGUGCUGCAGUUCAGGGUGGUGUGCUCGCUGGUGAUGUUACUGACGUACUUCUUCUUGAUGUGACACCACUUUCGUUGGGUAUUGAAACACUUGGAGGUGUUUUCACGCGUUUAAUAUCACGUAACACAACAAUUCCAACGAAAAAAUCUCAAGUAUUCUCAACUGCUGCUGAUGGACAAACACAAGUUCAAAUCAAAGUGCAUCAAGGUGAACGUGAAAUGGCAGCAGAUAACAAACUUUUGGGAGAAUUUACUUUAGUUGGAAUUCCACCAGCACCACGUGGAGUCCCUCAAAUCGAAGUUGUUUUCGAUAUUGAUGCCAAUGGAAUUGUACACGUAUCAGCCAGGGAUAAAGGUACAGGAAAGGAGCAGCAAAUAGUGAUUCAAUCAUCAGGGGGUUUGAGUAAAGACGAAAUAGAAAAUAUGGUUAAGAAUGCUGAACAGUAUGCACAAGCUGACAAAGUAAAGAAAGAACGUGUAGAAGCAGUCAAUCAGGCUGAGGGAAUAGUGCAUGACACUGAAGCAAAAAUGGAAGAAUACAAAAAUCAACUCCCACAAGAAGAGUGUGAUAAAUUGCGCGAAGAAAUUUCAAAAGUAAGAGAAUUGCUUGCAAACAAGGAUAAUGCUGAUCCAGAGGAUAUAAAGAAAGUGACUAGUUCAUUGCAGCAAGCUUCAUUAAAGCUUUUCGAAUUAGCUUACAAAAAGAUGGCUUCUGAACGAGAGGGAUCCACGUCCUCACAGUCAACAGAAGAAAGUACAAACAGUGAACAAAAAAAAGAAGAUAAGAACUAAGCAAAAAAAAUUAUAUACUUCACCCAGUUUUUGUUUAUAUACCAUAUGAUGAAUAUUCCUUCUUAUUAUCUGUUUCACUUCCGUUAGAAUUGAAUAAAAUAAGUAACAAAAUCAUU